CACUAACUAUAAAAGUAUUUAAGAAGUCCAGAGAGCAGAGGAAGAGUGUUGUUGGCUCAUAUGUUCCCUCACAAACUUCUUCUCAGUCAGAACUCAGCUCUCCAUGUCUGACAGAGCGCUGCUGUUAGCUCUGCUAGCCAAACAGGUGACACUGUUAGCUAGCAGCGGCAGCGAGCUCCGUGCAGGUAGCCGACAGCAACCGUGAUGAAGAUGAUGAAGAUGAACAGCUCAUACAGACUGCAGUGGAGUCAUGUCGUUCAAACUGACAGCUGCUGGAUAUUAUAAACAUCAUUGCAGAUACUUGCAGAGGUGCUGCAUGGGUCUGACACAGUGAGGACUGACAUUCCCCCAGUGGAGAGGAGACUGAAGGAGCACAGAGGUCAGGCUAAGCUGAGAGCAAAGCGGGAGAAAACACCCCACUGAGUUCCCCCCUCAGAGCUCAGAGCGCGCACUGCACAGGCGCAGAACGCAGCUCGGUGCUGGAGAAGCUGAAGGGCACUAGGGCAGCCGAACCGACCGACGCACCGACACUUCUCCAGCGGACAGCCGCCGCUGCAGCCUCCGGAGUCCCGCUCCAGAACAGGCGCUUUUAAAGCCACGUGCAGCCGCCGUGGGAAGGGGAACACCCCGCUGUUUGCAGGCCGGAGACAGAGCUGCGCCGCGCAGGGAUGGAUUUAAGCAGAUGAUAGCCGAACCGUGAGAGAUGCUGCAGGAGAAGGUUUCAGCUGUGACGGAUGAAUGUAUGAGCCGGGUCCAGACCAGCGGGGAGACGGAUCCCCUUCCAGACCAGUCACGACUGGGCCUGUCCACAGCUCCUACCAUUCCCAGCUCCAGUGAGCCCGACCAGAACAUUGAGAACAUAAAGGUCGUCCUUCACGAGAGGGAGCUGUGGAAGAAGUUUCAUGAGGCUGGCACAGAGAUGAUCAUUACUAAAGCAGGCAGGAGGAUGUUUCCUAGCUACAAGGUAAAAGUGACCGGUAUGAACCCCAAAACCAAAUACAUCCUACUUAUUGACAUCGUCCCAGCUGAUGACCACCGCUACAAGUUCUGUGAUAACAAGUGGAUGGUGGCUGGCAAGGCAGAGCCAGCAAUGCCAGGAAGGCUCUAUGUGCACCCUGAUUCCCCCGCCACAGGAGCUCACUGGAUGAGGCAACUGGUGUCGUUUCAGAAGCUCAAGCUGACAAACAAUCACCUGGACCCUUUUGGGCAUAUUAUCCUGAACUCUAUGCACAAGUACCAGCCCAGACUACACAUAGUCAAAGCAGAUGAAAACAACGCCUUUGGAUCCAAGAACACCGCCUACUGUACUCACGUCUUUCACGAGACAGCCUUCAUCUCUGUAACCUCUUAUCAAAACCACAAGAUCACUCAGUUGAAGAUAGAAAACAAUCCAUUUGCCAAAGGCUUCCGAGGUAGCGAAGAAGGAGAUCUGCGUGUUUCAAGACUACAGGGGAAAGACUAUCCGGUGAUAUCAAAGAACAUGGUUCGCCAGAGGCUCAUCUCCUCACAUGGUCAUCUAGCGGGGAAGCUCGGAGCAGGAGUUCUCUCGGGGCACCCUCAAGUCCUGUCCUCUUAUCAGUAUGAGACUGGAGUCCCUCUGUCUAACUCCGACCCCCAAGAUCCUAUCUCGAACCACUUCCCUCAGAGCCGAGAUCCCAGCCUUCUGUACCACUGCUUCAAACACAGAGAUAAUGCCCGACACCUGGAGCUUGGAUGUAAGCGGCCAUAUCUGGAGACAUCAUCUGCGGUCUCAGAGGAGCACUACUUUCGUUCAGCUCCCUCCUAUGAGUCGCCCUUACUGUCUCAUCCGUACUGCACUGAGGCCAUCGGCUCUAGAGAAGCUUGUAUGUAUGGUAGUAUGGAAACAGAGUCUGGAUCCGGUGCAGGGGACACGGAUGACCUAACCAACUCCUCUUCAAUAAAUUGCAACAUGUGGGCUACAAUGCAGCCCUACCCUCGCUAUAGUGUGGAGGGAGUCCCGUACCAGCCCUUCGCAGCUCACUUCACCAACACUGCCGCGGUCACUCCUGUGGUACCGCAUCCUACAUCAUCCAUGGCAUCACGGCCGCAGGCUGACUUGGGGGUCUACAACUCAGCUACGGUCCAGCGAGGUCUGCCCGUCAUACCCCCUUCAUCCUCCUCUUCAUCCUGCUCUCCAGCUGUGUUGGGAUCCAGGGAUAGGUCAGGCCAUCCGCCUCUGUACCACAAGAAGCCAGGGUCACCGCUCCGGCCUCACAGAGAUUUCUCAGCCUAUCCCACACAAGGCGCUAUAUCCAUCCGGGAUCCAUCCUAUCAGUACCAAGUGGGGCUGAGUAGCGCAGGGACUCACUGGACUGACAGCUAAUGUGGACGACUGAAGAAACCAGCUUUGUCCACUGUACAAGUCUGAAAUUGAUCAAGGUUCAAAACCCCACUAUGGGCUUCUGACACCAAGCAAUGAUAAUGAACUACAGCCAUGAUCAUUGCUAAAUUGCACUCCAAAGCCAUUUACUCCUGCCUGGCUGACCUCCUCUUUACUUAUGCAGAUGUGUGGCAUAUGUACUAGCCUGUGAUCAGAUAGGGUGGUGGUUUUCUGACACUGCAAUGCAAAUACAGGUUUGAGCAGCUCUAUCUAUGAGAGGGAGCUGCAGGUUCAAGAGCACAAGAAGUAUCAACAACAAGAACAAGAUGUAACUUUCUAGCUGAAGCUGAAGUAACAAGGAUCAUUUUUCAUCACACAAAAGCAUACAUAAGGGAAAAAUCAAUGUUUGCUGUGCUUGUUCUUGAAGAGAAUCAGAAUCAGAAUUGUUUAUUGCCAAGUAAGUUUUUACACCUACGAGGAAUGUGUCUUGGUGCAAUGGUGCAUAAAAUAUACAAAUAUACAAAUCACACAAACAUCACACAGAAAAAUGAAGUACUUUUAAAAAUAUAAAUAAAUAAAGAUAAGAAAAGAUAAGAAGACUGUACAGAAGACGGGAGUGCAUUAAUGUAAUGCAUAUAUAGAGGGUGGGUUUAGGGUCAGUGACAGUGGGGGAUCUGGGCCUUGUUAAUGAGGCCAGCUGCAGAUGGGAAGAAGUUUUUGUGGCGAGAGGUUUUGGUCCUGAUGGACCGCAGCCACCUGCCAGAGGGGAGUGGUUCAAAGAGUUUGUGUCCGGGGUGGGAGGGGUCAGCCACAAUCUUGCCUUCACGCCUCAGGGUCCUAGUGGCGUACACGUCCUGGAGGGAUGGCAGGUUGCAGCCAAUCACCUUCUCAGCGGAACGAAUGAUGCGCUGCUGUCUGCCCUUGUCCUUGGCAGUGGCAGCAGCGUACCAGAUGGUGAUGGAAGAGGUGAGGAUGGACUCGAUGAUGGCGGUGUAGAAGUGCACCAUCAUCGUCUUUGGCAGGUUGAACUGGCCUAUAUAUGUAAAAUAUGAGUACAUGAUGGCCUCCCAGGGACUGAGGGUUUUAUCAUUUCUUGCAGAGCCUCACCCAGGUAGAGCGUGUCUAACGAAUAAAGCUGCUGCUAUUCUAAAUUCUUGUUAUUGUCCACAAAUCCAAUGAAAAGACCAAAACUAAUAAUGAGUUAGUCCAUUUCUCAAUACUUUCUGACUUCCCUGCCCUGUCUCUAUCACUCAUCCCCUUAAGCCCAUUGGUUCCUAAAGUUGUAAAAACUGGAUAAAAAUGUAUGGUUCAUUACCAAAAAAGUCCCAGUUGUAGCACUGUAGGCAAACGUUUAUCAAACAGGAGUAAACAGUGUCUCUGUUGGGGACUAUUUUCACUAGUGAAGCUAGUUCAGACAGUCAGCUCAAGUCUGCCGCUUCACUCAUGUGGCAUACUCAUCUCACUGCACUGGCGGUGUACUGUAGCUGUCACUGCUCUGGUCACUGCCUGCCUGCUGACACACGGUUCACCUGAAAGCUAUGUUGUCACUUAGCACUACUGCUGUUCACAGAACCCUCCUCCCCAGCAUCCGCCUGUAUGCCCUGAGUCUAUGUUCCCCUAGGGGCGGGGAGUUAUUGUCAUUGUGUGGAGUGACAUGGUCAGAGCCUCUGCGCCAAUGUGAAUAUUCUACAUUGACAUAAUAAUCCAUUCCAUGUGACAGUGUACUUAGGAUCCAGGGUAAGUGGGAGUGGCCUGUGCAACAGUGUGGUUCACUGAUGUGAAGGAUCAGUACAUUGAUGGUUUAGGUCUUCUCAUAGGAUUUGUUGACAGUAAGAAAAAUAUACAAUAUCGCCAGCCUGAGACAUGUUCAACUGGGAGGGGACGGGGUUGAUGUACAGAAGUUAUCACAGCCAGUGUGAGAUUAUUCACAAGUGCCAAAUUGAGAUUUGAGACAAAUUGAUUUGGGUCCACUGCCAAGUGAGAUUGAUCAUAUCAGAAUAUAACAGAGAAACUGAAGUCAGUUGUUCAUACACUAAGAAGCGUAUGUGAAAACACUUAAACUAGCCUGCUGUGUGUAAAAGUAUUUUCCCAUGAUGUACAUACAGAGCAAUUAAAUCAAGGUGCACCUAAAAAAAAAAUUGUGCGAGCUGUUAGUGUAUGGGUCUUAUCCAAGGGUUAUGCUAGUUGCGUGACACUAGCACUCGUCUGAAGAAAACAUCAUGUUGUGAGUGUAAGCCAUCCUACUGUGGUUGGUCGUCAAAGCUUGGCUCCAAACUCGUGGCUCCAAACAAUAUUCUAGUGAAACGGGACAGCAAAGAACUCUCAGGCAGAACCAGAUGGGAGCUUAACGAACUGUUGUUAAGCCAUGGUGAGUACCGGAAAGGAGAGCUGCACACAAAUCCCACUCCCAAAUGACUUACUUGGAAAAAAUUCUCGCAAGACUGCAAAUACAAAACAGCCUGAGCAGGCAGGGAAGCUGAAAGAAAAGGCUCUCAGUAGCAGUACACACAGUAGAGUUAGAACCCCUGCAUUUGUGCAUUGUCCCUUUAUUUCCUGUUGUUAAAUUCAAUAUAACAUUUUUGAAUAUAUUGACUUUUUUGCACACCUGAUGAUAAAUAAACAUGUUCAUGCCUCUAA